UGCCCAGGCUGCUCUUGAACUCCUCAGCUCAAGUGAUCUACCCGCCUUGGCCUCCCAAAGUGCUGGGAUUGCAGGUGUGAGCCACCGCACCCGGCCAGAAGAGAGGGUUUUGCACGAUCUAAAGGCAGGGGAGAUGUUGAAUAGUCGGAAGAGCAAAGUCCCUAGAGAGGGCUUGAAACACCAACCUUGGCAACACCCGGAGGCUGGGGGAGCUCCCGCCCUGCCCAUGACUGCACAUGGGUUACAACAUUGCAGACACCACCUCCUGUCCCAUCUUGCCGCUGAGUGGUCAGAAAGUGAGGAGAGUGGGCCCACAGGUUGGGAGUGUGGUCAGUGUCACUCACUCGGGGAGCCCCCACGGGGUCACGCCUUGAGCCCAGGUCAGCCAAGCUCCCUACACAUGGUCUCCUCCCCAGUUCUGGUCCCAAAGGUGGGUGGGGACAGCACACUCCUGCCCCUGCCACAGCCAGGCCCCCUUCCCUGUGGCUUGCAGCCUCCCCUCUGCAGAGAACCAUGUCGGGGCCUCCCUCUCUCCAUCUGAAGCCAGGUGGGAACCUCCCUGCUGGCACUGCUGUUUGGAGACUCAUACCUCUAGCUGCUCAACCUGUUUCAUCUGUGUAUCCGGGGCUGGUCCUACUGAGGACUGCUGUGUCCAGCAUCAGGCCUACAGGCUCCUGGCCGGCUUGCGGGGUUAGGUAGGGGAGGUCAGGACAGUCCCAACCUCCCAGUGCCUCCCAGGGCAGUCCAUGCCUAGGACCUAGCCACACCUGCCAUGCCCUUGGAAGAUUCCUCUCUAAGUUCCACUCCCACUCCAGUAAGGGCUACCUGAGACGCACCUGCGACAGCCUCCCCCAGGGCCCUGUCCCGCAUCUCUGUGCCUUCUCCCUACCAAGAGUUCCUCCAGCCAGCAGGACGAGCUGGGGGCAACAGAGAUUGAUGUCUGAGGACUCGGCACUGGGGCUGACUUCCUGCCUGCCACCAUGUGGGGGCAUAAUCAUGUCACUGAGGGACCCCACACCUACCCUUCCUAGGCUGCCAAGUCACUGGCUCUGAGCCCCCGGGGGGUCCUAAUGGUACCAGGAGAGAGGUGGCCACCGUCAGGGUCACUAGCAUACUGGAUAAAUGGUUGGGCUUGGAGCUCAGGGACAGGGUUUCAUGGGUUCAGCUGUGGCCCCACCCGCACCCCAGGAAAUGCCACCCCUGCAGGUCAAGGCCUGGGCGUGGGCUCAUCACCUUCCCUGGAGACCAUGGUGGUGGUGGUGGUGGUGGUGGUGGCAGGUGUGUUCCCAUCUCCACCCCUCAGGGAAGAAGCAAGUUCCAGGAGCCUGGACUAUGAUUCAGGACUCCCUUUUACCCUGCGCACUUUCUGUGUCAGAUGGGGAGACAGUGAUGAGGACAGACACUUGGAGUACCCUACAACUGGCACCAUGCAAGACAGACAGUCAGGAGGAGACCGUGGGAGCUCAGAGGAGACACUUGUGCUGGCCUGGGUUGGGGAGAAAGGAGAGGUGUCAGGGAAGGCUUCCUGGAAGAAGUGGCUUCUGGAUUAAUUAUUGAAGGGUGAGUAGGAGUUAGGGGAAGAAAGGUGGGGGCAGGGGAAAGGUCAGGCAUGAGCAAAGCUCGUGGGGGCCUCAGUCCCCAUCCUCCCCCCACCUUCAUGAACUCUAAACAGCACCACCACUACCCAACCGCCAAUAUCCUGAUAAGCCCUGCCCCCAACUCAUUGUUCAGGCCCCCAGCACCCUCUUUAUUUUAUUUGCACUCAUGAAGCCCAACGCAAUAACCACCUCUUGAAGGAAACCUUCCAGACUCCCUACUCCCCUCCCCCAGUACCAAGGCAGGAGUCUCCUAGGAGACCACUGGUUUGGAAACCCGUCCUUGAAGCUAAGCAGGCUCAACCGGGAGCCCUGUUCUGUCCCUGGGGCUGUCCCGUUGUUACUGACUGCAGAUUGAUGGCGAGGUUGCCCCAAGGAGAGAGGGAAUUCCCACGGUGCCCUAUGGCCCAGAGGCCUCACAGAUGAUCUCGCAGAAGUGGGGCAGCUAUUUUUACCUGGCAUUUAAUUACAGGGUUUGGAUCCCAGAGGAGAGAUAGAUGGUGAUCCCAGGAGCUGCAAGGGAGGGGCAUUCCGGGAACUGUGGGGAUCUUGGGAGGACAGGCGAGGGCAUGAACCUCUAACUCAGUUCCUCGGAAGGGUGGGCGCUUGUCCCCCAUUACUGGGCUGGCUCCUCAGACAGGGACUCCCCAGGGCACUACAUCACCCCACUUCAUCACUAUUGGGAAUUUUCCCCCUGGCUUGGAUGGGGGCUGUAUGCACACAGCAGGUUGGACCUGCGCCCCCAGGGGCGAUGGCAAGGCCCCCAGGUGAUGGGCUGGGUCCAAGCCACACAGUUUAGCCAUCCAGAGCUGUGAAGGACAGAGGGGCCUGGGAAUAAGAGGAUGAAGCUGGGGUGAGGAGACCGCUGGGAUUCCUGGAUUGGGGCAUCUUCAAAAUCGGAUUUGAAUGGGAAUUCUGGGGGAAACCAGAUUCCAGAACAUGGGAAUCCGCAGGUGGCUGCAAUGGGACGGAAGCCAUGAAUGGUGCCGCCCCCGGCCCCGCCACAGCCGCCCCGGUCCCGGUCCCGGUCCCGGACUGGCGGCAGUUCUGCGAGCUGCACGCGCAGGCGGCCGCCGUGGACUUUGCGCACAAGUUCUGCCGCUUCCUGCGGGACAACCCAGCCUACGACACUCCCGACGCUGGCGCCUCCUUCUCCCGCCAUUUCGCCGCCAACUUUCUGGACGUCUUCGGGGAGGAGGUGCGCCGCGUGCUGGUGGCCGGACCGACGACUCGGGGCGCGGCCGUGCGCGCGGAGGCCAUGGAGCCAGAGCCCGCGGAUACCUCUGCACUCAAGGCAGCGCCCUACGGCCACUCGCGGAGCUCGGAGGACGUGUCCACGCAUGCUGCCACGAAGGCCCGCGUCCGCAAGGGCUUCUCGCUGCGCAACAUGAGCCUGUGCGUGGUGGACGGCGUGCGCGACAUGUGGCACCGGCGCUCCUCGCCCGAGCCCGACGCAGGAGCUUCCCCGCGCGCCGCCGAGCCCUCGGCUGAGCCCCGUGACAAGUGGACGCGGCGCCUGAGGCUGUCGCGGACGCUGGCGGCCAAGGUGGAGCUGGUGGACAUUCAGCGCGAGGGGGCCCUGCGCUUCAUGGUGGCCGACGACGCGGCUGCGGGCUCCGGGGGCUCGGCGCAGUGGCAGAAGUGCCGCCUGCUCCUGCGCAGGGCUGUGGCCGAGGAACGCUUCCGCCUGGAGUUCUUCGUGCCGCCCAAGGCCUCCAGGCCCAAGGUCAGCAUCCCACUGUCAGCCAUCAUUGAGGUCCGCACCACCAUGCCCCUGGAAAUGCCAGAGAAGGACAACACGUUCGUGCUCAAGGUGGAGAAUGGAGCUGAGUACAUCCUGGAGACCAUCGACUCUCUGCAGAAGCACUCGUGGGUAGCCGACAUCCAGGGCUGCGUGGACCCCGGUGACAGUGAGGAAGACACCGAGCUCUCCUGUACCCGAGGAGGCUGUCUGGCCAGCCGCGUGGCCUCCUGCAGCUGUGAGCUCCUGACUGAUGCAGUUGACCUACCCCGGCCCCCAGAGACGACAGCCACGGGUGCAGUGGUGACAGCCCCCCACAGCCGAGGUCGAGAUGCCGUCAGAGAGUCCCUGAUCCACGUCCCACUAGAGACCUUUCUGCAGACCCUGGAAUCCCCGGGCGGCAGCGGCAGUGACAGCAAUAACACAGGGGAAGAGGGUGCAGAGACAGAUCCCGAGGCUGAGCCGGAGCUGGAGCUGUCCGACUACCCCUGGUUCCACGGGACACUGUCCCGGGUCAAGGCUGCUCAACUGGUUCUGGCAGGAGGGCCCCGGAACCACGGCCUCUUCGUGAUCCGCCAAAGUGAGACUCGGCCUGGGGAGUACGUGCUGACUUUCAACUUCCAGGGCAAGGCCAAGCACUUGCGCCUGUCCCUGAACGGCCACGGCCAGUGUCACGUACAGCACCUGUGGUUCCAGUCUGUGCUUGACAUGCUCCGCCACUUCCACACACACCCCAUCCCACUGGAGUCAGGGGGCUCGGCCGAUAUCACCCUUCGCAGCUAUGUGCGGGCCCAGGGCCCCCCGCCAGAGCCGGGCCCCGAGCCCCCUGCCACGCCAGCGCCCCCCGCCUGCUGGAGCGACCCGCCCGGCCAGCACUACUUCUCCAGCCUCGCCGCGGCUACCUGCCCGCCCGCCUCGCCCUGUGACGCCGCCGGCGCCUCUUCGUCGUCCGCCUCGUCAUCUUCGGCUGCGUCGGGGCCAGCCCCCACGCGCCCCGUCGAGGGCCCGCUCAGCGUGCGGAGCCGCAGCAACAGCGCCGAGCGCCUGCUGGAGGCCGUGGCCGCCGCCGCCGCUGCCGAGGAGCCCCAGGAGGCUGCGCCUGGCCGCGCGCGCGCCGUGGAGAACCAGUACUCCUUCUACUAGCCCGCGGCGCCGCCCGGGUGGGACACGCCAAGCUCUUCAGUGAAGACACGAUGUUAUUAAAAGCCUGUUUUAGGGACUGCA